AUGCUUAAAUCUUUGCUUUUGUCAAACGGCCAUGUCUGCAACUGCAAGUUGGUGUCCUCUGUCCUGUCCACCCUCACUCUUCCCCGUAUCUCCAUCCUCGCCCCUGACCCUUCUCUCGCUCCUUCCUCCCCCUCUCCUCCUCCCUCUCAGCAUUCUGAUGCUCUCUGCGGCAGCUGCCCUUCCUCUGGUUCUGCCCCACAGGCUAACAGCCUUUGGCCCACCCUGCCACCGUCUGGAACUGGAUUCCCUGGGUGGCCAGGACAGCCCACCCAGCCUGCACCAUGCUGGACUGGCCAGCCAAACACGCCCUGCUGGCCUGGGCCACAACCAGCUCCAGUCUCUGUCCCUGCAACAAUUUCAGUUCCAGCCCCGGUGCAAACCAUAACACCGGCUCCUGCACCAACUACAACCAUAAUGCCAGCUCCAGCUCCAGCUCCAGCUCUAGGUCAGCCCUGCCAGCCCUGCUGGCCAGGCACCCAAUAUCAGCUUCCACAGCCACCAGCUCCAAUUCAAGUUCAGGUCCCUGCUCAAGUCCCAGCUCCGACUCCAGUCCCAGUCCCAGCACCCGCUCCUGCUCAUGCUACCAGCAUCCAUCCAAAUGUACCAGGGUGGCCUGCCCACCCUGGCUGGCCUUAUAACCCGGGACAGUCAGGAUGGCCUGGACAGAAUCCGUCUCUCGUGCCUGUACACUGGCUUCCACCCACAUCUGGACCUCUGAGUGUGCCAUACAACCUGAACCUGGCCCGUGGGGUGUAUGACAAGAUGAUGAUGACCAUCUUGGGUCAUGUCAAACCUAAUGCUAAAAUGUUCACAGUGAACUUUCUGAGAGGCAAUGACAUUGCCUUUCAUAUCAACCCUCGCUUCAGUGAGGGGGGCAAACAGGUGGUGGUCCGUAACCACAAACUGGGUGAGCGCUGGGGCCCAGAGGAGAGGGACCUGAAGGGACCCUUCCCCUUCGCUCCUGGGAGCCCAUUUGAGAUGAAGAUCCUGUGCACUCAUGAGGCGUUCAGGGUGGCAGUGAACAACCUCCCGCUGUUUGAGUUCCGACACCGUGUCAGAGAGCUCAACCAGAUUGACAGGAUAAACAUCCUGCAUGAUGUCGUCCUUACCUAUGUCAAUUUGGAGACACUUCCAUAGGAAACACAUUGUGUGUGUGUGUGUGUGUGUGUGUGUGUUGUAAAUGCAGCAGAAAUGCAUACGGGGAUACAUAUAGAAAAUUUGCCCACACACACACAAACACACAGGCUUCUAAUACACUAUACUGUGGAGGCACUAAAGCCUUCCCAUUUUUAUAUCAUGGUGCUUAAAGAUUGAAUAAGUGUGUUAGUAUGUGAUGUAAUAUCAAUAAUCACAUGAGCUGAGCUCAUUCUAUAUUGUGCCACAGUAAGUUGCUACAAAGCUAACCCUUUCAUAUACAUAAAGCUUUUCACUAUAAAUAUGCUAAUGCUAUUUAUUGUGUACAAUCUUUCCAAUUUCAUUAAAUUACCACUAAUAGAAAAUAAUACAUGUAUCAAUAUUGUCUGAAAACAAUUAUGUCUCAGUUCUCUUGGGUUCUGUUAACUGUAAUGAUUCUUAGAUAAAAUUGUCAGUUAGAAAUAAAUAAUCA